AUGGACGAUAUCUUUGACAAGGGCCACGAACACGACCACAAUGAAGUCAACAAGAUUAUCGAAAUUUUUGGCGAAGAAAAUCCUCGAUCCAAGAAACAUGAAAACUCUCGACCCAAGAAAGAUAAAUGCCGAAAAUGUACAGGUCGGCGAUUGAAUCCUUUGACGAGUGUAUGUGAAAGCAAGCAUGCGACUCUGAGCUCGACUCACUGA